AAAAUAGAUACAUUUGGAAAUGAUAUUAUGGUAUUAGAAUAUGCAAAUGAAGGAAGCUUGAGAGAUUAUUUAAAGAAUCAAUUUUCUACACUAAAUUGGAGUCAAAAGAUUGAAAUGGCGUUAGACGUUACUCGAGGGUUGAUGUGUUUACACUCCGAGAAUAUAAUUCAUAGGAGCUUGCACGCAGAAAAUGUAUUAGUUAAUGAUGGUAAAUUAAAGAUCUCUGACCUUGCACAUUCUGCACAACAGUUUGAAGAUUUAACAUUAUCAAAAGUGCAUGUGAUGGUAGAAUACGCUGAUCCAAAAUAUCUUUUUGAUCCCGUGAAUUAUAAACUUAGUAUGAAAUCCGAUAUUUAUAGCUUAAGUAUUCUUUUGUGGGAAUUAUCAAGUGGACGUCCUCCGUACUCGAAAGUUCAAAAAUCUCAUAACAAAUUAAGACACGAUAUUCUUAACGGCCUGAGAGAAAUACCUGUUGAAAAUACACCCAUAAAGUAUCAACAGCUUUAUCAAAAGUGUUGGAAAGAAAGUCUUAACCAAAGAUCAAAUAUUUUUGAAGUUUUUGAAGUUUUAAGUCAAUUAAAGUUUGAGAAUAUAGGUGAGGCCAUUGUAGAAAAUGUAGACGAUGUAGAAGAUGAGUCAACUGAUCAGGAAAUAAUUCAAAAAUUGAAGUUAAACCAUGGAUUAUUCUUGAAUGAUUACACUGUGCAACCUAGCGAACAAGCUAUUUAUGAUGAUAAUGGUGAAUUAGAUGUAGAUUUAUAUGAUGAACCUUUAGUAUAUACGGACAUCAAUUUAUCUUUUGAUGAUAAUUUUGAUAAUAAUUUCGAAACUUCCUUUCAACCUUAUGAUGCUUGUAUCAAUUUUCCAUUUGCUAAAGUCUCUUUUAAUGGGGAUUUAUUAGGUACCUUUUUGAAUUAUGAGAAUACGGAUGGAAAAUUGAAUGAUUAUUAUGGUCAUUUUUUUUCAAAAAAAGUUUUAGUUGGCGGUCAAUUAUUUAUUAAAGAUUUGAAUACAGCUACUACAACACAAAUUCAUCUUUUAAAGAUGCAUUUAAACUGGGCAUAUAAUUUGGUUAAACGCGAAGAUCAAAAUC